CCACCAUCACAAAAACACUUGCAAACUAGUUAAUUUUGAGAACUCUCACACACCCAGAGAGAGAGAGAGAGAACAGUGGUGGAAACAGAAGCAAUGGCAGCUUCACUACAAGCAGCAGCUACUCUCAUGCAACCAACCAAGUUGGGCAUGAAUGGUAGGAGCAACACUUUGCAGCUUAAGUCUACUCAAUCCAUUUCUAAGGCUUUUGGCUUGGAACCCUCUGGAGCUAAGGUCACAUGUUCCCUUCAGGCUGAUCUUAAGGACUUUGCUCACAAGUGUGUUGAUGCCACCAAAAUUGCAGGGUUUGCCCUUGCUACCUCUGCUCUAGUUGUCUCUGGAGCAAGUGCAGAAGGCGUCCCGAAGCGGCUAACUUAUGAUGAAAUCCAGAGCAAGACAUACAUGGAAGUAAAGGGGACAGGAACAGCAAACCAGUGUCCAACCAUUGAUGGCGGAGUAGAGUCAUUUUCCUUCAAGGCUGGUAAGUACAAUGUAAAGAAGCUUUGCCUUGAGCCAACUUCGUUCACAGUGAAGGCAGAGGGUGUAACCAAGAACUCACCACUUGAAUUUCAAAACACUAAGCUCAUGACACGUUUGACCUACACCCUUGAUGAGAUUGAAGGACCCUUUGAAGUGUCUCCAGAUGGCACUGUCAAAUUUGAGGAGAAAGAUGGCAUUGAUUAUGCUGCAGUGACUGUUCAGCUUCCUGGUGGCGAGCGUGUGCCAUUCCUUUUCACCAUUAAACAAUUGGUGGCAUCAGGGAAGCCAGAGAGCUUUAGUGGGGAGUUUUUAGUGCCAUCAUACCGUGGAAGCUCUUUCUUGGACCCAAAGGGAAGGGGUGCUUCUACAGGUUAUGACAAUGCAGUGGCAUUACCUGCUGGUGGUAGAGGAGAUGAGGAAGAACUUGCUAAGGAGAACAUCAAAAGUGCUUCAUCAUCCAAAGGGAAAAUCACCUUGAGCGUGACCAAGACUAAGCCUGAGACUGGUGAGGUUAUUGGUGUGUUUGAGAGCCUUCAGCCAUCGGACACUGAUUUGGGAGCAAAAGCUCCUAAGGAUGUGAAGAUCCAGGGCGUUUGGUAUGCUCAGCUUGAGUCAUAGACAGCUUCUUCUUCUUCUUCUUUUUUCUGCUUUAUUUUGUGUUUUGUUGGUUCAGAUUUUGUUGUAACUCCACAAUAGUUGCUGCAUUAUCAUUUGACCCUACUGUCCAAGAACUGAGAGUAUUAUCAUGUUUGUAUAUUAUAUCGACUUCCAAUUAUAAUGCUUAAAAUGUCAAGGUUUAAAUUGAUGGUA